CGACUCUCUCUCUCUCUCUCUCUCUAUCGGGAGCGAAGAGAAAAGCCGUAGAGAGAGAAAGAGAGAACCCUGCGGAGAUCUCUCGGAUCCGACCGCGUGGAGAGCGGCGGCGUCCUCGGAAUCCGAUCAAGCUCCGAAUCCUUUGCCCUAGAUGGGCCAAAUUUGAUCGUGGAGUGCUUCGCUUUAGCUGGAUCGGGCUAGGGUUUGGAGGAGCGGGAUGGAUGAUCUGCUCGAUGCUGAUUUGGGGAAGCACGAUUAUGAUUGGCUUCUUACACCCCCAGGAACACCACGAGAUCCUUUUCUGGAUUCUAGUGAGAAGCCACCAUCUUCUGCUGUUCCUAAGCGCUCUGCCACAAGGUCAUCGUCAACCACAAGAGCUUCAAGACUUUCAGCUUCUCAACCAGACCCUGUGAGUUCCUUAAGACCGAUCCGAAGCUCUUCUGUUUCCCGCCCCUCCAUCUCAUCCAUCUCAGCCACCUUUGCUUCUAGCAAUAAUAACAGAACGUCAAUCCUCAACACAAGCACAUCCUCAAUCACCUCAAGACCCUUAACCCCCAGUCGGAGAACACCUCCAACCCUCACUACUCCAAAGCCAUCUGCUCCAGCUGCACGCCCAGUUCCAGCCCGCUCAUCCACUCCCAUCAAAGCCCGACCACCAUCUACUUCCCAACUAACGAAACCUGCAUCCGCCCAAAGUUCUCGGCCCUCCACUCCUACCUCCCGCCCUCGAAUUACUCCUGUUUCAAAUAGUACUAAUUCUAUCCAGAAUUCUCGCCCAUCAACUCCUACCUCGCGGACUAAAGUUACCCCUACUUUGAGUAAUACCAAUUCGGCCCAAAACUCUCGGCCAUCAACUCCUACCUCUCGCUCCCAAAUUACCUCUGGUUCUAGCACAAACACUAGCUCCUCAGUGGCUCGUGCCAGUUCCCGGUCAUCAACCCCCACUCGCCAGCCAAUCAGUACAGGCCGCUCGCCUUCUGUGGGGCGUGUUCCAGUCACUAGCAGCUUGACUUCUAGCGGGCGGGCCCCUACGACAAGCGGUCGAAAUUCUGCGCCUUCUUCACGUGCCAAUUCACCGAGUCCACGGCCCAGAGCUCCAGUUCGGCCACUCGAUAUCCCUGAUUUUCCAAAUGAUACCCCACCGAACCUAAGAACUAAGCUCCCCGAAAGGCCAUCUUCAGCAGGUAGAGUGCGACCUGGGAUGGCAUUGACAGUCCGAGCAAACACUAAUUCCGAACCUGCGGCUCCUUUGAGUUUGAAUAAGAGGAUCUCCUUGCCUGUUGUUAGUCGGAGCAAGUUUACAGAGAAUCCAUCAAAGUCUCCUUUAAUAAGCAGCAGCAAUCAGACAAAACCUGAAAUUCAAAAGCCAGUUGUCUCCGAAGCUGAAGCUCGGAGACCUAUCAAGUCAGCUAGUGCUUCAGAGAGCAGCGGAUUUGGAAGGACGAUCUCAAAGAAGUCGCUUGACAUGGCUCUCAGGCAUAUGGACAUCCGGCAAAACCUCGGUGGUAUUCGGGGUGCAUCCCUUUUCCCCCACAGCAUCCGCUCCUCUGCUUCAAAAGGCCGACCUGCUCGAAUGUCUGAUCCGGUGGUUUCUCUCAUGAAUGAUGAAGAUGUCCCGGAUAAUAGAAGUACUAAUGGGACUAUUUCGAUGGACUGCAACGGAUUGAUUAAUGGAGAAAGCACGGCCAACAAUUCUCCGGAUAUAGAAAGUUUCUCAGCUCGUGAGACUCCAAUCGACUAUGGUAGCUCCCGUUACGAUGCAAUUUUGCUGAGAGAGGACUUGAAGAACACGAAUUGGUUGCACAGUACUGAGGACAAGGCUGACCUGAGCCCCAUGUUUGAUCACCGCUUCGAGCCGCUUCCAGAACCAUUCGGCCCUCUAUGACACCUGUUCCCUGUGAUGUAAAAUUUGUGCUGUUUGAUUCCUAAUUCGUUUCUAUUUGUUGGUUUCGGCUUUUGUGGUUUCCAGUGUUGUUCUUAUCCUGUGUUGGGUUGUUUUCUCUUUUGAUGAAGCUGGGCUCGGAUGUUUGCAAUACGUUUGAAUUCGAAAUAUCUCGACUCCUCGAGUACCUAUCCAGAAUAUGAUUAUGUUUUUGAAUUUAUGCCGUGUUGUACUGAAACUUGAGAAUUUAAAGAUGAGAAAGAUUUUAUUCUGAGCAGUGUGCUCAUAAUUGUAGAGA